AUGGGCUACACUCUGACAAUAAUCGGCUGUGGCGUCAUGGGCCAAGCCGUUCUUUCUGCUAUAUACAAUGCUCCCCUCGCCAACAGUGAUACAAAACACUUCUACCCUCAAAAAAUUAUUACAUGUAACAGCAGCAAAGCAAGUGCAGAUGAGGUUACAAAACUAAUCUCCUCAUUCCCAAAGUCACCAAACGGGAUCGAGGUAGAAUGUACUUAUAAUUUUAACUCAGUUGCUGUUAAAGGUAGCAAUGUGAUAAUUCUUGGCACCAAGCCAUAUUUAGUGCAAGAUGUGCUCUCGGACUUAAAGGGAGUAAUUGAGGGGAAAUUAAUUAUAUCUUUGGCAGCAGGAUGGCGAAUUGAACAGCUGGCAGCGUUUUCCCCUAAAAUUUCAAGAGUUAUGACGAAUACACCUGCCAAAUUCGGAUUUGGAACAGCUGUGAUUGCCCACUCUACUGCUGUCCCAGAAGCCGAAAAGCUCCUAGUGUCGCAGCUGAUAAGUCAUAUCGGAACGUGCAUCGAGCUUCCUGAAAAAAACAUGGACGCCGCAACCGCGCUCGUCGGCUCCGGUCCUGCUUUUGUUCUAUUAAUGCUCGAAUCUCUUAUGGAAUCUGGUAUAAGGUUAGGGAUCCCUUUAAAACAAUCACGUGAGUGUGCUAUAAAAGUCCUAGAGGGUACAGCUAAGAUGGCCGAAAUUACCGGUCUGCAUCCCGCUAUGCUGAAGCACCAAGUGUGUACCCCAGGAGGAACUACUAUCGCUGGACUGUGUGUGAUGGAAGACGAAGGAGUAAGAUCUGGAAUAGUCAAAGGUGUACAGGAAGCUGCCAAAGUCGCUGCAUCCCUAAGCGGGAAAAAAUAG